AAAUAGCCAUUCAAUCCUUCAUUUAAAUUCUAGCCACUUUUUUUAUUCUUUCAUUACAAAUGGAGAAAAGUGAAUCAACCAAAAUUGAUGUUGUGGAAACCAACAAAGAAAAGAAAGGAAAAGCCCCACUUUUAGGAACAGCAGCUCCUGCUAUUGUUGCUGCUGUUGCUCAUGAUGGACAUGCAAAAGGAGGUGGUGCUAAAAGAGGAAUUGCAAUUUUUGACCUUAUUUUAAGAAUAGCUGCUUUUGCUUCUGCAUUAGGUGCUACUGUGGCUAUGGCUACUACUGAAGAAACUCUUCCCUUUUUCACUCAGUUCUUUCAGUUCGAAGCUAGCUAUGACGAUCUUCCAACUUUUACGUUUUUUGUGGUAGGUAUGGGAAUAGUUGUUGCAUACCUUGUCCUCUCUGUACCUUUUUCUAUUGUUUGCAUUGUACGACCCCAUGCAGUUGUACCAAGGCUCCUCCUCAUUAUAUUUGAUACGGUGAUUAUUGCAUUGGCAACGAGUGCAGCAGGGUCAUCAGCAGCCAUAGUGUAUUUGGCUCACAAUGGAAACCAAGAUGCAAAUUGGUUAGCAAUUUGCCAGCAAUUUGGUGAUUUCUGCCAAAGGGCCAGUGGAGCAGUGGUGGCCUCCUUUAUCACGGUGGUGCUCUUGAUCCUCAUGGUGGUUCUCUCUGCUUCCGCUCUUCGAAGACACUAA